AUGGCCGACACUGCUGUGACCGAAGCUGCUCCCCCAGCUACCUCAUCUCCAGCUGCAAAGAAAAGCAAGACUGCUUCUGCCUGCAUCGAAGAAACCACGAGUGAAGCCAACCCAUCCGCCAACAGCCGAUAUGAAAUACCUGAAGAGUGCCGUUACCGUGGCAAAUUGAUCCAAACCAAAGGCAAGGUGCUUCUGGUUCAUUCAAACUUUCUGCUACUGUUGCAAAAAUCAAAGUCCGAAUCGGCACCGAAGAAAGCUGCUGCCAAGCCCAAGAAAGCUAAGCAGCGACCGGUGCAAAAGAAACCGAAAGCGAAGAAAGCUGCAUCUCCAGCUAAGAAGAACCUGCAGCCAAAAAGUGCUGAAAAGAAGAAGAAAGCCGCAGCACCAGCUAAAGCAGCAAAGAAGGCUGGUUCCGUGAAGAAGGCAGCUCCAGCCAAGAAACAGCACCAAGAAGCAGCUGCACCAAAAAAGAAGUAA